CGAGAGACUUUAGAUGAACGUUAGUGGUCAGAAUGACAUCGUGUAAAUUUGCUGUCGUGUAUCACCAUGCUUAUUUUUAGUUUUGAGUGAGCCAUGUCGCAUCAUCGGUGGAAUUGAUGGAACUCUCGCUGCGUAAUUAUACACAACAAAAUUCCUGAAAAAUUGAUGGGAAUCUUAGACAAAUUUCGUCAGCUUGACAAUAAUUCUGUUGUCUAAUCCAGUCGUUGAGAAAUAUUGUCUAUAUAUAGUCGGACCAGAAGAUUUAUAACGUCAUUUUUUCAGCGAAUUUGUAUCAGGAUUUAGCUAUGAAGAAAACGCGCACUAACAUCUUUCGCGAUAUCUAUUAUCAACCUUAUGAUGAUUGCACACGGCUAAAGCUUUAUUCUAGCAGUAAAGCUAGUUUACAGAUGAUACAGCGUAUGUCAUUGUUGAAGAGACUGAAAGUCCACAAUGGUUGUGUGAAUUCUAUUUGCUGGAAUAGUACUGGAGAAUUGAUACUGUCUGGAAGUGAUGAUCAACAUCUUGUUUUAACUAAUGCACAUAAAUAUGAGGUAUUAACGGCUUACAAAACUAGUCACAGAGCCAAUAUUUUUAGUGCCAAAUUUUUGCCUAAUAGUGGAGAUCAUUGUAUUGUUUCGUGUAGUGGAGAUGGCAUUAUUUUGUACACAGAUUUAACGAGAACAAAAGAGACGUUUCACAAUCAAUUUACUUGUCAUACUGGUACUACUUAUGAGAUAGCGACAAUAUCUGAUGAACCACAUAGUUUUCUAAGCUGUGGAGAGGAUGGAACAGUUAGAUGGUUUGAUCUUAGAGUGAAAGAUAAAUGUAGCACUGUAAGAUGUAGAGAGGAUGUAUUAAUCUCAUGUCAAAGAGCCGUUACUGCUUUGUCAGUGAAUCCUGUAACACCUAAUCAUAUAGCAAUUGGUUGUUCUGAUAGCACUGUAAGAAUAUUUGACAGAAGAACUCUUAGUACAUUAGCUACCGAUUGGAAAGAUGCGGACAAAUUAAUGAGACCACUAUGCAGCUUCACUGUCCCAGAAUUUGAAGGUAGUUCUUACAGAAUUACAUCGCUCAGUUAUAGUCCGGACGGACAGGAUGUUCUUGUCAGCUAUAGCAGCGACCAUCUCUACUUAUUCAGUAUCAAAGAUCAAGGUAGUCUGCAAUUGCGAAAGGAUGCGACAAUAGGAAAAGGAAAAGGCAAGAAACAUCCUUUAAAGUCAUCCCAACCAGUUCGUCGUUUAAGGCUACGCGGCGAUUGGUCUGAUACUGGUCCUGAUGCACGUCCAGAAAGAGAAGGAGGACGUCGCAGUGGUACAGAAGUCGCUCAGGCAAGGCCGAUUUUGCACACGUCCUUGAUGCAAAGGAUGACGGAUGUGCUUAGUAGAAUGCUGAAUGAUCCGGCUACUCGUGCCGCUUUGAGUGGUGGUGGCGAGGACAGUUUGGAAGAUGUUAUUGAGCAACGAGAAAAUUUUCGAAAUAUUGAGAAUAAUCCUGAAUCAAACGCGGAGAGAAGCAACGAAUCAGUUGAAUCAAGUACUGAGCAGAGUGGUCAUCUAGAAACGACUGGGAAUACAAGCGUAGAUGUUAAUAGAAAUGUAAAUACGAAUAAUACUGAUAAUUCUCAGGCAAGAGAAGAACCACAAGAAUAUAACCAGUCACUAUUGUUAAAUACAUCGACGAAUGUAAAUAACGAUAUUCCUAUAGAAACUGAAUCUAGUCAAACCAGGCAAUCGCAAAUUGCUUCCACAGAAUCUAUUAGUAGUCAUAAUAGAACAGAACAUAAUAAUAUAUAUAAUCAAAACAGAAAUAAGGAUGAAGGUUCAUGUGCUAAUAUAUCUAGCAAACAGGAAAAUAUGAUGGAGAAUCUUCAGGAUAGAUUAACAACAAUGAGAGAUGAUUUCCUUGAAAAACAUGGUAGUGAACCUGCUGUGAGUUUAAUAUAUUCUGAUAAAAGUUCAACCAAUGCUACAAUAUCGCUCGAUGUUGGCGAUGAAAUGACUCGUGAUGGCUGUCAUCCAGGACCUUCCAGAAGUAAUAAUACUGGAACUGUCGAUGCAGGCCCGAGCAAUAAUUGCAACUAUCAUCACUAUAACGAUAUUAGAGAAAAAUUUGAAGAAACUACAUGUAUUGAUAGUGAUGAUGAAGAUGUGCAAUCAGAUGAAAGGUUAUUAAAUCCAAUUGAGGCUGAGAUGGACGAAGCUAUUGCUAAUGUUCGUUCAUCGCAAGGACACGAAGCGUUCGAUGAUCUGUAUCUAACAGAACUUUGUGUGAAACAAAAGUACAUGGGUCAUAGGAACGCGAGGACUAUGAUUAAGGAAGCAAACUUUUGGGGCAACGAUUUCGUCAUGUCGGGUAGCGACUGCGGUCACGUAUUCGUGUGGGAGAAGGAAACCGCGAAAUUAUGUAUGCUAUUGGAAGCGGAUCAACAUGUGGUAAAUUGCCUUCAGCCGCAUCCAUUUCUCCCAAUGUUAGCCACUUCUGGUAUUGAUUACGAUGUGAAACUAUGGGCGCCAAUCAAUGAUGAGUCGAAUUUUGACGAGAAAUUUGCAGAAGAUUUGAAAAAGAGAAAUGCAGUUAUGUUGGAAGAGACCAAAGACACAAUAACUGUACCUGCAGUUUUUAUGAUUAGAAUGUUGGCAUGCCUUAACCAAAUACGCAGAGGUCGAAGUCGCAACAGGAGACGGAGCAGCGAAGUACGAAAUAAUUAGAACUCUCUUGAUAAUAUUACCCCAAAUUAUUAAAUUAUAAAUAUAAAUAAAACUUAUAUAUCACACACAAUUGCAAAAUUGUGAUUACGAUAAUUCCUUAUCGAUCGAAUCAAUUAUUAAAUGUUUUGUCUUGAUUGGCUUGAAUAGAUCUCAUGAUA